CGACGUUGAGCAUUGGAUGUUCCGACUCUGACCUGCACAUGCACCUCAACACCUAGCGCGGGGAAGACAUGUGCAUCACGACGGCAUCCAAGCAGAUUCCGUCUCUGCUUCUGCACUUCGGAUCUGUCGUGGGUGUGACAUGAUAAUGCCGCAUUUGCCAGCCUAUGGUAUGAGGUUGUUGGUGAUACCAAAGUCGAACUCUGACUGCAGUCAACGACAACAGAACAGGGCUGACUGACUACGAAAUGGAUCACACCGGUUGAACGGUACCUGGCGUCUCAUGGCACGCUGGCAUAUGGCAUGCCCUGAAGUUAGAAUGAAUGAGUGGCUUGAACCUUUGGCUCAUUGUCGAUGCUAACCGGAUGUGGCUGGCAAUGCCUAUCCCACUGCUCAGGAUAUUUUCACGUGCUGGGUAUGGAGGCUUAUAUGAGACGGAACAACAUGUCGGAGCACACGAGUUAUCUCUACUCGAAUCUUCUCAAGCUCAACUCAAGCUCAACUGCUUCGCGAUGAAGGCGGCCAAGAUGGAACGCUCAAUCGACACUCAACCACGUGGCUUAUGUAAGCAAGAAGGGAUCUCAAGCCCGACCCGGACCCCUGGCGUCGUGGGAUUGCAACACCCCACCGAACGGUCCCCGGCCCUAGCGUCAUUCCCUCUUUCCGACCUGAGCAAUUGCGCAAGUGACCGUAGUUGCAAGUCCAGCAGACUGUCCCGUUCGCCGCGUCAAGGCUCCUUUGUACUUUGACACUCGGAGGUCCCUGAAAACUGAACCAAAAAAAACUAAACCCCAAAAUAAAUCAAAAGAUUGGACAUUAUCCUUCUUUCGCAUCUUCGCCCUUCAACGCUUUGCCUGUCGCCGUGCGACUACGUUGUUAAUAGAGCUUCCGCGUUCUUUAUCCGCCAGUCCCCCGAGCCUCUUGCUUGCUUUGCGCCUGGGAAAUCGGAUUUUAGACAGGGACGGAAUCGCCAACUUUUCCACUCGUUGACGAGGAACAAGCAAACUCGAAACCUCCUUGGGGUCCCACGAACCAGCACGCCACGUUGAAUUCGGGAAGAGUGUGCAACACCACAUAUUACUCGCUCGGGUGUGGUCAAGAACAUAAUCCUCCUUUCCGUCGAUGUACAUAGCAUCUCCAAUCUCGGCCUCGAAUCAUACCACCGUGUGCACACGCUCGUUCACCUCGAGUCCGAUUCCGAGAUCCCCGGCGGUUUAGCAAUCCCACAUACGCUAGUACGGCGAACAACCCGAGCGGCGCCCCUUGAUCUCAGUCGCGCCGUCCGUCUCUCGGGUGCUUCCAGCCAGGAAGGACACGUUCAUUCGUUUCCCCACAUUCGGACAGUAACACCACCCGUCCAGUUGCCUUUGUGCAACAACCCAAUAAGCAGAAAAUGUUCUGUCUUCGGAGUUGGCUCCCACUGCUCUUCAUACCGACCAACGCGUCGCCCGCCUUCAUUCUCGUCUUCUUUAUCUGCACAUACUUCCUCAACCGACCAUGCAUCUACUGCUCCUUUCUGCUCGUCAUCCUCUUCCUGACGUCGUGUAACUGGUCCGACCGGUGCUUCUUUGACGUCAGCAGCAACUGGUUCCAACCGAAGGAACCAAACUCGACUACGACACAUAUCUUCGCCCCUACGAAUAACGGCACCGGCACCGCAGCCAUGGCGGAAAGGCCCAACAGUACGGCGGCGGUGGCUCUCGACAUGUUCAACACAACGGUCGGCACGCUGGCGACGGCCGCGAUGGACAAGGCAGCCAGGACGAGGGUGGAGUGGACGGGAUUGGGACUGGAGUGGUUGAGGAGUUUGCUGGGGAGGAGGGAGUGGCGGAUCGACUGCUUGGACCUCUAUAUCAGAUUAUAAAAUCAUUUCACGGACGUUAGGGGGGACAAACAGGAGUGGAUAAUAGGAUCCCAUAUCCAUCGCAAUAUGUGACUGCUGCUUCUUGUAUUCUCGCCAUCCCCCGUUGUUCGCACAUCGCAUUGGUUCUAUUCAUGUUACGUACUAGGGUCCGGAGUAUAUACAACGGACAUGUUUCAUUGUUAUUAGCGGAGUAUGACUUCUGCCAGCAAUGAUUAGGCUGAUUAUCUUGCAGAGGACAUCCAAAUAUCCAUAGCGUAGAUAUUACCAUGAGAUUUGCUUACAUCGC